CAUUAUGAUAAGAUUAUGAUAAGAUUAUGUCAAUUAUGAUAAAUAUGACCACGCUGCAGGAAAGCAGUAAUUUAAUCUAAUCUUAUCAUUGUUUUUCAUGGGUUUCUACAUAUAUUAUUACGAAAUAAAUACGCAGUCUUAGAUGUGCCGAAGAAUAAGUGUAAUUAAAGAAACACCAAUUGUCUUCCAAAGUUAUUUUCAAGAAUUCAUUAACACAUUAUCGUACUUUGUAAUAUUAAAUAAACAUGAUAUUCAUAAAAUUUCAUUUGAGGGUUUUGGGUAUUACUCGUAAUAACAAAUUCAUUUCAAAGUGCAUUAUAAAUAAUUCAAAAUUUCUGUGCUGUCAAAAGACAUCAACCCCUUAUGAAACCGAGACAUGUCUUAGAAAACAAUUGGAAGAAGUUUUUAAAUUUAAAAACACUAAUGUUAGUAAUUGGAUUAUCGAGAAUAAAGCGCGUGCUUUGUGUAUCGAAUAUUACAAAAGCCAGAAGAUGGAUAGACAGCAAUUUUUACAAUUAUUAGCUGCCAAGUAUGCUGUUCAACAUGAUGACAUAUGUAACAUAGCAAAGAAGUUACUUUGUACAGAGUCUAACAAUAAAAGACUGAUAAUUUCUUACGAACAAAAAUUAAAAAGUAUUCUUACGUCAGAUUAUCAGUGGCUAUUUCUUAUCAUUGGAAGACUCGAAAGUGGUGUAAAAUUUCUUGUCGAUUUAAGAACAGAUAUUAUGGAGUUAAUGGUAGAAACCAAAGAAACAGAUGAAAAUAUUGUAAUACAACAGUUAAAUAUGACGUUGCAAGAUUUAUUAUUACUCUGGUUUUCAGUAGGUUUUCUGCAUUUAGAGAGAAUCACUUGGCAAAGUGCAUGCGACAUAUUGCAAAAGAUUUCAGAUUACGAGGCAAUACAUCCUAUAAAAAAUUGGUUGGAUUUAAAACAAAGAGUCGGACCAUAUAGGAGAUGCUAUGUUUUUACUCAUCCAUCUAUGCCAAGAGAACCACUUGUCGUGUUACAUACAGCAUUAUGUGACAUAAUACCAGACAGUGUAAAAGGUAUUGAAGAUGCAAAGACCAGAAUCCUUGGUGAUAAAAGAAAAGAAAUAACAUUCCAGGAAGAAGACAAAUCUAAAAUAAAAGCAGCAAUAUUUUACUCGAUAACUUCUACGCAAAAGGGAUUAAAAGGUAUCGAACUCGGCAAUUAUCUAAUAAAAGAAGUAGCAAACAAAGUAAUAUCUGAAUUUCCUAUGAUACGUGAAUUAUCUACUUUAUCGCCAAUACCCAAUUUUAGAAGUUGGCUUCUUGAAAAAUUAAAACAAGACGUAAAUUAUAUUUUUACGGCUGACGAAUGUAAAUCCAUGCAGAAUAUUUUGAAAGAAGAAAAUGUAGCGCUCGGUUUAAAAAAAAUAUUUAAUAAUUCAUUGUGGACCAAUGAAAAAGAAUUAUGUGAAAUGUUAAGAGAGCCAUUGAUUCGAGUAUGUGCAUGGUAUUUAUAUAAGGAAAAAAGACGGAAUUAUGCUUUGAAUAACGUUGCGAAUUUUCAUCUUCGUAAUGGAGCAGUUAUGUGGAGAAUAAAUUGGUUGGCCGAUCCUUCACCGCGUGGUGUCGCUAAUAGCUGCGGAAUUAUGAUAAACUAUAGAUACUACUUACACGAAAGUGAAAAAAAUAGUCAAAAUUAUAUUGAGAAUUAUUUCAUAAAUGCAUCUGAAGAUAUAAUUAAUAUUGCUAUGCGUCAAAACGAAUUGAGGAGUAAAAUGUAAAAUAGUAAGGAAAAACUGUUUUUCUCAGGUACCUGUAGUCAAGGCUGGGUUUGGUGAAAGUUUGUGGGAAGAUGAGGUCUACUUUCUAGUUUUGUAUAAUCCAAAUGAAAUUCCUUUGCUACUUUUCUCCAACUUUGCGCAUCAAAAUAAUAAUAAGUACCACG